GAUCAUGGCAGAGUUCUCCCAGAAACGGGGGAAGCGGCGUGGCGAUGAGGGCCUGGGCAGUGUGGUGGACUUCCUCCUGGCCAAUGCCCGGCUGGUGCUGGGCGUGGGCGGGGCUGCUGUGCUGGGCAUCGCCACCUUGGCUGUGAAGCGGUUCAUCGACAGGGCCACCAGCCCAAGAGAUGAGGAUGACGCCAAGGGGGAUGGCUGGAAGGAACUGAGCCUGCUCAAGGCCACACCUCACCUGCAGCCCCGGCCCCCGCCUGCGGCCCUCAGUCAGCCUGUGUCCCUCCUGUCCCCCUCACCCUCUGCCCCAGAGGGGCCUGCAGACACGGACUCUCAGGUGCCACCGCAGCUCCAUGCCCUGGCCCCACUGUGCCUGACUCUCCAGGAGAGGCUGCUGGCAUUCGAGCGUGAGCACGUGACCAUCCCCGCAGCCCAGGUGGCUUUGGCCAAACAGCUGGCCGGUGACAUUGCCCUGGAGCUGCAGGCCUACUUUCGGAGCAAGUUCCCAGAACUGCCCUUCGGGGCGCUCGUGCCUGGGGGGCCGCUCUACGACGGGCUGCAGGCGGGGGCCGCCGACCAUGUGCGUCUCCUGGUGCCGCUGGUGCUGGAGCCCAGCCUGUGGAGCUUGGUGCCAGGUGCGGACACUGUGGCCAGAGACCCUCUGGAUGAGCGUGAUGCUGGGAGCCGCCGGCGGCUGCUGCUGCUGCUGUGUGGCGUCUGCCGUGGCCGCCCGGCCCUGGGGCAGCUGAGCCGGGACCACCUGACCCAGGUGGUUCUGCGUCUGGCGGAGGAGGACGCGGACUGGGCGGAGCAGGCCUUGGGGGAGCGCUUCCUGCAGGCCCUGGAGCUGCUCAUCGGCAGCCUGGAGCAGGCCAGCCUGCCCUGCCACUUCAGCCCCAGCGUGAACCUCUUCCGCAGCUGGCGCGAGGAGGAGAUCGAUGGCAUCGGCUAUGCGCUGUACCGUGGCCUGCAGGCACCCGAGGGGCUGCUCUGAGCGGGCGGGGCAGGGUGGCCGGCGUAUCUUCUGAUGCUGGCGAGUGGCGCCCGCCUUCCUCCCGGGG